AUGAAAAUUUGUUAUUUGUCCUUUAUGAAACUUUUUAAAGGGAAAAAAUGCUUUCAUGACAGUAAAAAAAACAAGUAUAACAAAAGAUACUUCAAUGGAGGAAAUACCAUUACGGAAAAAAGAAAAAAAAAAAAAGUGAAUAAUCACAUAUCUUAUUCUAUACCUGCACAGAAGGAAAAUGAAAAAUAUAAUUUUGAGGUACUUAUGAAAACAAUAAAAAACAGAGCUGAUGAAUAUAACCUUAUAAAAAUAAAAGAAACUCAAAAUAAAAUACUAAUUCAUUUAAACAAAUUUACAAUAAAUGAAGUAAUAUCAACACUUAUCCUUGCACAUAAGUAUAAUAUGUUAAAUUCAAAAAUAAUUCAUGAAAUUACAGAACACUUAUUUCGACAUUCCUGCUUUUUAAAUAGUAAACACUUAUACAUAUUAGUUUCAAUAAUAGGCAAAAUAGAUUUAGACAACCUCGUCUUUUUACCUAGCCAAAACGACGGAAAAAGUAGGGAAAAAAAUAACAAUGCAGAUGUGGAUGAUUAUUUACAAGAUUUAAAUGAAAAUAUAAAAUGGAAAAAGAAAUAUUACAAGGAGAUCCUGGAUAACGUUGUGUUCCCUGAGAAAAUGUGUUUACCCUCUAAUGAAAAGGAAAUGAUACAUAUUUGCAAUACAGACACACAAAAUGAAAUUUUUAACCAGGAAAAUAUCCAAAUUGAACAAUCAGGAAAUGGAACUAAUGCAGACAGCCUAACUACAUUCGAAAUUAGCGAAAAUCAAAAAAAAUUUUCAGUAAAAAAUUUUGUUCUCAAGGAAGAAGACAUCUGUCCAGAAAUGAAAAAGACAUAUCUCAAAAUUAAAAAUAUUAUGUCUAAUAAUUAUAAUAAUAUUUAUAUGAACAUAAAAAAAAAUAUGUAUACAAGUUUGUUAUUGUUAAAUUAUUUACAAGAAGAAAAUAUAAUAAGUAGGAGAAUUUUCUUAAAAAUUAUUUAUGGCAUUAAUGUGGAAUUUUGCCAACACAACAUUUGUAAUGAUAAAAGUAGAGAAAAUUAUAAAGACCACUACCAUUACAAUGAAAUUCCAACAUAUGCUGAAACCAUUCUUAAUUCCUAUAUUCAAGACCAAUGCAAUAACGUCUCUACUUACGAUCUAUAUAUCCAUGUGCAUUUUCAUCUGCUACAAAAUGUGCUUACAAAAUGUGAUUUUAUCAAUAAAAAAUUUAUUAUGGAAAAAAUACAAAAUGGCGUAAGUAUAGAUGAAGAAGUAUAUAAAGACUUAAAACUCUAUCUUGAAAUAUUUUCUAUAUUCUUUCAAAACUUAAGAAUCGUAAAUGAAACUAUUAAUUACUUAAAGGUCUUCUAUUUGAAUGUUCUUUCCUAUGAAAUUUUUAAACCCUUUUGUGACAAUCAUGUCUAUAAAAAUGUAAAAAUUCAUUACGAUUUUCUCAAGAAAGUGACAUGUGAAUAUAUUCUUAAAGGAAAAACAACUCCGAGUAUCUGUUAUCGUUUUUUGGGUUUAUUGUGCUACUUUGAAAGGAAAAAAUUUCUGAAUUCCGGGAUGAACCCAUCACACAAAACUCUAAUUGCCGGGAUCUGCAAUGGAAUGACCCUAUUUGAAGAGACCCCAUUUGGAGAGUCCUCAUUUGACGUACAAAAAAUGCACAGAAGAUAUUCCCUUUUUUUAAACUCCCUAAAGAAUUAUAGCCUACACGAUUUUUUCACAUCAGCACGUGCAUCCAAAAAAGUGAAAGAAAUAAAUCAGGAUAUUCUAAUGAAACCUGUUCCAAAUGUGACACAAACAAAAAUUGAACCAACAUACGAAAGUAGCGAAACCUUCCAGUCGCUAGAUGAAUUAAAAAAAACAUUUUUCUCCUACUUUAUGGUAGAAUUCACCUUUAAUAUUGCAUGCUAUUUAAAUAAAAUAGACACAUACGAACAAUUAUUUAUUUUAAAAUAUUUAACCCUUUUAAACUUAAAAAAUGAAUAUAUAAUCGAUAUACUUAAAGAACAUCAACACAAUUUCUUUAUACGAAAAUUGUACUACUCUCAGAGUAAACAUUUUUUUUACCUUUUAGAGUAUUUGUUCACAUUAUAUGUAUAUUCCCCCUAUGAGUUUCUCAAUAUAUUACUUUUAAUAGACCCUUCAAAAUUUCAAAAUGUACUAGACCUAAUUAGAAAGAAGAAAAAAUUUACUAAUAAUGUGAAAAAAAUAUUUGACGCUAUUAAUGUUAUAAUAAAUGAAAAGGAGCACAGUUCAAGAAAAAACGUAGAAAAAAAAAAAACAUUAAAAAGCAAUCUUAAAAAUAAUUCUAUGGCUUUGCUACAUGACACGAAACAGAUUCAAAGAUUUCAGAAUAUUCUCUAUGAUUUUUUAUUUUUAUAA